AUGGUGAUGCAAAUGCUAGCUUCAGUUUCAACUGGUGAAACUUCGGGAGCGGUUGAAGUAGUGGAUGAAUCCGAAGAUGUUGUUCUAAACUAUCCGGAAAAAAUGAAUGAACUGGGUGAUGGCUUUGUAACCAGGCAUAAACAAUUUGAACAAAGAUUGGAAGUGCAAGGGAAUAGUGGAGAAAAGCCUUCGUUAGUGACUACUACGGCGGAAACUGUGGCAGAAAAUGACCUGGAGAAAUUUGCUUUAUUGUACGACAAAUAUAACACACAGUGCAAUGAAUUAGAAAGAUUAGAAAAAGUAAACAGUGAACUGGAGGAGCAGUUGCAGAAAGUGGAAUUAGAAUAUGAAAGUAUUCAGGAAGUGCUUAGCACCUGCCGAAGUGAAUUCUCUACUCAUCGUGAAGGUUUGGAACGUCAGAUAAUGGAAUUGGAAUUACAACUGAAAAUGACUACUCAGCGUGCUGAGGCACGUGAGCAACAUUAUCAAGAGCGCAUAAAACAAAAUGAUGCAAAAUGGAAUCAGAAAUUUGUGCAGCUGUUGAAAAGGACGGAAGCAGUCGAAAAAGAAAAGAAUGAUGCUGUAUGCCGGUAUGCAGCAAGAGAAACACAGCUAAUGCGCUUACAAGCACAGAUAGAAGGACUAGAAAUGCAGAAGAAUGUGCUAUCAACGGAGAAAAAUACAUUGCAGAAUAGCACUCAAUUUGAAUAUUUGCAGAGUAUGAAGCAUUCGCUAGCAGAAGUGGAACGACAGUUAGCAUUCGAAAAGGAGGCUAAUAAAGAACGUGAGGAACAACACAAAAUGACUGUCAAACAUUUAGAAGCUAGUCAAACGGUACUUACAGAAUUGCGCUCUCGUUUGGAAUCCAUGCAGUCUCAGUUAGCGCUGGAACAAGUGGAGAAAGAAGGAUGUCAGGCGAAACUGAGGUCGACACAAGCAAUGUUGAAGACGUUAGAACAGCAGUGCGCUGAGGAAGUAGAUGCAGCGAUAAAGAAAACGAACAAUCAGGAAGAACUAUACAACAAUGUAUGUGACGAGUUGGCUUUGCUUAGAUCACGUAAUUCCACUAUCUCCCAGCAGCUCGAUCACGUUGUACAGGCAAACGCUCAGUUGCAGGCAGAAUCUCAACAUCUAAAUCAGAAAUUGGGACAGGCUCAUCAAACUUAUCAAGUUGCUAUGAAAAAAUUAGAGUCUCUGGAGGAAAUGCAGAUACAAUUAAAUAAUGAUUUACGCCGUGUUAAGCUAGCCGAAAUUGCUGCAAUGGACGCAGUUGCAGAACGUGAUCAAGCGGAAGCGGAAGCGGUGGAAUGUCGCAAGCAGGCAGAAAGGAUGCUCGAAAUCACUGAGCAAUUAGCAGAUAGGAACUCUUCACUAACUUCAGAGCAGGAAAUUCUCAAAUUCAAGAAUUCGGAACUGAAUCAGCGGGUGAAGGCAUUGGAAUCUUCUGUUUCAGCAUACGAAAAACAUAUUGUAGAGCUGGAACGUGAACUAGAAUUGUUGAAAGUCGAUAGUUCUGCAGAAAUUGGAACGCUACGACAACAGAUUGACACAAAUGUUGCUAAAGAGCAGAAGUUGAAUGAAAUAAUUAGUGAACUUCGUAAUGAACAAGAAAUAUUGAGGAAGAAGAAUUCGAGUUCUCUGAAGGAAUUACGCGCUGAAGUGCAGCAUUUACGUAAGCUACAAUCUGGAAGUUCAAAUUUAUCCCCACCAAGUGCAUCAGUAGAAGAUAAUUUGUCACUUACUGUGCUGCCUAGCAAUAGAAAUACAGUGGGUCCAUCCACUUCGUCACGAGCAUCAUCGAUUGCAUCGUCCACUGAUAUAUGUUCGCUGGCGACUGGUUAUACCACUGUCUUAGUCAGUCGAGCUGCUGCUCAUCAAAGAGAAUCUCAGCAGUUCCUAGCAUCACCAUCAUCAGACGGAACAAACCAUGUGCAACAGCAAAUGAUUGAGAAGAUUGUGAAGCUACAACGGCAGUUGGUUAGACGACAAGAUAAGAUAGAGUUUUUGGAAGAACACGUUCGACAAUGUACACAGGAACUAUUGAAAAAAACGAAGAUUAUUCAAAAUUAUGCAUUGCGGGAAGAGGCAUCUCUGUUGUUACCAGAGAGUGACUUGAAUAAGAUACCACGUGGACCCAGUGGUAGUAGUAGUACUUCGUCCUCUUUAAUCGGAAACAUGUUUAUAAGCAGUGCAAAUGGUGCCGGUGGAAAGUCUGAAUUGAAAUUUGCAGCGGAAGUAAACUCACGUCUCCAGGCUGUGCUCGAAGAUGCAUUGCAUAAAAAUAUCACACUUAAGAAUAACAUCGAUACCUUGGGUGAGGAAAUCUCUCGAUUAUCACGCGAAAAUCGGCAGCUGGCGCUUUCCAAGAUUAUGUAACAGUUUUUCGAAAGUUGCAUUAAAAGGAAGCAUUUCUGGAAACUUUCAUUUUAAAAGGAAUAGAAAUUUAACGCAUUUAUGAAAUGGCAGGCAAGUCAUUCAAUUUUAUGUCGUCCGGUAGUUUGAUUUCUUCGAAUGUCGAUAUUAUUUUUGGGGUUAAGGAAGUAAAAGUUUCCUACUAGUUUGUAUUCUCUACUAGCAUUCUUGAAUCCAUCCAUUUAAAAAGAAUUAUAUUUCUGGUAAUGCUUGAAUUUUUCCACAGAAUGGUUAAAAACUGCAUGUAAAGUUGGUUCACAAAGUAGAAAUCUGGAGAAAAAAGUGGGAACUCCGUGGUGCCGGCAUUUCUGCUCUAUGUACAUCUUAUAUUGCUUGCUUAUUUUUCUCAUUUUUGUUAAAAUUCAGUUGUAUGGUUAUUUUCUGUGAUGUUGUGAUUAAUUUUUCAUUUUUCCUUUGCAAAAUUGCAGUUCACUUGUAUGAGCAUGUUUUUGUAAUAUAAUGAAUUGCUUAUAUUUUCAUUUGCACAUAAAUAUUUUUG